UUUUUUUUUUUUGCUAUUUGUUUUAUUUCUAAUCCUGCUCCUCGGAGCAUCCCCUCAUUGCAUCUGCCAAAUGAGGGAGAUUCUUCGAGCGGCGAGUUUCUCCUCCUGCAAUCAUGGCUGAUGUGCCGCUUAAUCGAGACAGGAUCGUGCCUGUCAUGGCCGGCCGCAAGUGCUCGACCAGAGCAAAAUCAGAGGCCACGCCCGCACCCCAGCCUGUUCCUCGCCGUGCUACACGCUCCCAAAGCAAAUUGCUCGGCCUGGACAAUGUCGACGUAAACCUAAAAACCCUGGCCGAUCGCGGCUUGUAUGCUCACGAGACCAAGGGCGACGGGAAUUGCCUGUACUAUGCCUUGUCCGACCAAAUGUACGGUGACUUUGACCACGCUACCGAGAUACGCGACAAUCUCGCCGGCCAUAUGCAGGCACACCGUGAAUAUUUUGCACCUUUUGCUAUCGUGGGCGGAGGGGAACGUCGCUCGAAACGUGCCGUACCACGUAAAUUCAAACCCCCAAUAACAAUACCAUCACCUACACCAACUGAGAUGGAGGAUGCCUUUCAAGAGUUGAUCACGCGUACCGCUACCGACUUUAUCUGGGGUGGUGCGGAGGAGAUACAGGCCUGUUGUCAGUACUAUAGGCGCGAUAUAAAGGUGUACAGCGAGGAACACGUACAAGAUUUCCGGGCUUGGGACGCGCCUGAUCAAGAGCCUCGCGAAACCCUCCAUUUAGCCUACGCUAACAGUGUCCACUACUCGUCUGUACGCAACGUGGACGGCCCUCAUGAGGGCUUACCCUGCGUGUCUCCUCAGGAGCCGCCUCCUUCUGAAACUGCAUCAAAGAACUCAUUUAUUGUUGAUCUCGACACUGCCAGCCCAUGGAAAAUCUCAUGCAUCCAGGAGGGACUUGGCGGUCAAUACGAUUAUGAUACGAUUGUAGAGAUGCUUCGCCGAUGCCGCGGGGACAUAGACCGGGCUUUUGCCAACUUACUAGAUGAGGAAUCCUCGACAUCAUCAUUCACGUCGUCCUCGGCAUCCGCCACAUCAUCCCAAUCAUCAGUGACAACUUUAGCCAGUGCGAUGAAGGAAGAACGCCAAAUACCCAAUGCCCUACAGGUGGCUUUCAAACCGCAUCUGGCAUCAUCACGCUCUUCAUCUCGACACAGCACUGCUAGCAAGCGAUCUGCCGACGACAGCGAUGAAGAAUUCCUCCCAAAUAUUGGAAAGCGGCAACGUGGGCGAGAACAGAAGCGACGAAUCCUUCCCAAGGUCACAGUCGGGAUCAACAUUGGUGACCAAGAAAAGCCCGAUCUCGUAUCCUUGCGGUUGAGAGUGAGUUCAGAAACAGAGGCUGAACAGGCAAGCCCUAGCCCUACCCCUGUUACUGCUCCUGCCUCUAUAAGCGAAACACAGCCCGAAACAACACAGCAGCUGCUGGAAGGCCGCAAGCUACGACCACGCAAACCAAAGAAACCUACUUCUACAAGUCGAAUAACCCGUUCGACUUCAACUGAAAGUUCAAUCGAACCCUCCCCCCAACCUGAAGUGAAGCAGGAAGAGCCCAGCGACACUUGAUUUCCUUUAGCUUUUUUGAUCGAUGAUUACUAUCGAAUCCGCAUGACGACGAUUACGAACAUGAUAAUUUUUUGGGCGUUUGUCAGCAUUUCCAGGCGACAGAAGCAGCAUUUUCUGCAUGACAAGGCGUUUGUUGAGAUCCCUUUGAAUUGAACUCGCCGUGCUUAUUGUUGGCGAGGGGAUGAACCGCAUGGUUGUACAUAAGAAGGCCAAGCCUAAGCAUAUACAUGCAUUGUAGCGAAACAACUCAAUUUUGACAUUCCA